CGAAGGUACAUGAGUCAUAUACAGUAGCUAGGGAGUCAAUUGACCCCACAAAUUCUAAAGGAAAAUUCCGGAAAAAAAAACAACCAACUAUUUACCAGAAAAAAACAUAGACUUUUUUUGAUUGCCAGAAAAAUAGAUAGAAUAUUUUUUAGUUGAUAAAAAAUAAAUAAAAUUAUCAACUAUGCCAUGUACAGUACCAUUUCUCAAGAGAAAUGCUAUUUUCAACAUAACUUUUUUUUAAAUGCCAUAAGACCCACUUUGAUCCACCAAAAAUGACAAAACUACCCUUAUAUUAUUAUUUUUUCUCUCGUAUUCGAUAUCUCAUAUCUAUUUCUAUUUUCUUCUUUCCUUUUUCUUCCUUCAAUAACAAAGAAAUCAUUUUAUGGAUUUGAAAAGCUUUUCUGAUGAUUGUUUCAUCAGAAUCACUCCACCAGAAAGAGAUAGAAAUCAGAUUGUAACAACAAAGACCAAAUCAGUGAAGAGAUUAAACGAUCAAUCAUUAUUUCUAUUAAACGAUCAAUCAUUAUUUUAAUAUGAAAAAAUUUGUAAAUAUUUGUUUUCCAAUGAUUUUAUGAUCUUCAAAGACUAAUACUUACACAUAAGAAAAAAAAACUCAUACCUUACCAUACAAAGACAACACAAGGUUAAUAACAUUAUUUUUAAAAAUUAUAUGAUACUAGUAAAUACUAAAUACAGUUUUCUUUUUUAAAAUUAAUUUCUAUAAUAAUUAAUUGAAUAUAUAUUUUUUUGGUUAAGGAUGUAGGCAAAUAUUUCUAGCAUAUUUUUAUGUCUUGUUUUAAAAACCGCUAGGCAUCAAUCGGGCGGUGAAAAAGCGCCUAGCGCGAAAUCAGUUAACCAAAGAUUAUACGGGAAUUGAUGAGAGACUAGUUUUAGAGUUUUUAUCAAUAAAUAAUUUAAAUUUACUAAAUAUGUGUAACUAUACAGACUUUGAAACAGUAAAAACACGUGCUAAGAACAUGAUGAUUUAAAAAAAAUUAGAUAAGGUUAAAUUCAAAAAAAGUAACGAUUGUGUUAUGAUAAAAAUGAUUUAAAAUAGGGAAAGUUACUCGAUUAACCCAAAACAAGGGAAUAAUUGCUAAAUUAACUCUUAAAAUAUUAAGGUCAAUUGGGUUAUUUUAUGUCUAAAAUACCCUUUAGUGCUUUGUUAGGAAAAAAAUACCAUAAUACCCUUAUAAUUUUUUCUAGCGAUUAGGAGAGCGAAAAUUACAAAAAUAUGUGGUAUGUGGUGACAAAUUAAUUUGACUGUCACAGGUUUUUUUUUAAAUGGAAGAUUUACUUUGGCAGAUUUAUUUUGGUUGACAGAAUUAUAAAAAUCAGUUGUGACAGUUUUUUAUUUACGGCUGAUUUUUUUCCAAACAGCAGACUUUUUUUUAACGAGACAACAGACUUGUUAUUAUUUCUACCGGUUUGUUAUAAUAUGUGGCCGACUUUUUAUUUUAGUUGUUACAGUUUUUUUUUAAACUAAAUAUCUGUUGUAACGUGACAGAUUUUUUGAGAAAAAAAAAUUACUAAUUUGACGUUUAUUGAUAACAGAUUUACUUUUAGUUACAACAGAUUUUAAUAAUUUGACCAAUAAUCUGCCGAGAGAUAGCAGAUUUUUAAUCAAAAUUUAAAAUUGCUAGUUUGACCUACACUUUGUAGCAUGUUAUGGCAGAUUUAUUUUAUGUUAUGGCAGUUUUUUUUUUUUUUUUCAAUAAUCUGUCGUUUGUUGACAGAUUUAUGUAAGGAAAAUAAAAAUUGCUAGAAUGACUUUACAAAUUUGUUUAAUGUUGUGACAGUUUUUUUGUUUGUUCAACUCAUUUUUUUGGUUAUGACAGUUUUUAAUUUUUAUAUAGUGACAGAUUAUUUUUUUGAACUAUAUAAUGACAGACUUGUUUCAUAGUUCCAGAUUCAUUGUUUCAGAUUUUUUUUUGAACUAAACAUUGACAAACUUAUUGUAGGUGUGGCAGACUUUUUAUUUUAGUUUCCAUUUAUGCACGUAAACAUUAAAUUUUUAGGGUUUUCCAUAAGCGGUUUCCUAUUUUUUCUCCAUCUUUAGCACGACGCCGCCCCAUAAACUCCAUUGAACAUCAUUUUUUCCUUUUGAGUUCACAGUCAAUUAUAUCUCUCCUUUUCGAUCUUCUAACGAGUUUUCUUUUUUUUUUUGGGUUUGGCAUGGAUCACGUGAUUUUUGUCUGUGGCAAAUGGAUCUAUGAUGAAGUCAAGUGGUUGUUUGUUGUUGAUAAUAAGAGAGGGGGUCGAAUUCUAGACUGUAACAACCAAAUGAGUUACGAUGAUUGUAUUCAAUUGGUGUAUAAAGAUUACGGUUUGGAUGAGAAAGUAUAUGAUAUUUGGUUGAGCUACAAGAUUUCGAAGGUGUUAUUACAAAAGUUACCAAGCGAUACACCACCAGUAUUUAUCACCAAUUCUCGACAGUUUCAUGGUUUUCUAAAGCAAUUGAAGAGUGACACACUUCGACUUUGUGUUGAAGUGACGGCUAAAGUUAGGAGUGGAUCGAAAAAAAGAGCUAGAGAUGAUAAUGUUUUGGUUGAAGGAGAUACUGAAUUUGCUGUGGGAGACAUCAUUAAAGAAGAUUCAGAAGUUGACGAUGAUAAAGAAAUCAGAUUUGAUAACUGUGAUGAUUCUAAUGGAACAGAUUAUGAUGAUGAAAAUUUUAAUUUGUAUGGGAUUCCACCAGAAGAAGAAGAAAAACCUACUGCUAUUUCACCAAAUAAGAAGACAAGUUCAGGUAUAUUCAUUGAAGAACAGAAGGAAGAUGAUAAUUAUGCAAAGUUAGAGUUGUCUUCUCUUAAUUUGGCUGUUGGUCAAUGUUAUGAAACAAAGAAGCAUUUGGAGACACGAUUGCAAAUACUAACUAUAGUAGAGAAGUUUGAUUACUAUAAAUAUAAAUCGAACCCAAGGUUGCUAAUUGUCAAGUGCUGGGUAAAAGGUUGUAAGUGGAGGGUGAGAGCUACAACAGGAAAAGACUAUCCAAAGUUCCAUGUGCGUGUGUUUAUUUCACAACAUACAUGUUUACUGACUGAGCGUUCUUCACGUACCAAACAAGCAAAUCAUGAGAUUCUAGGAGCGUUGUAUAAGGAUUUCGUUGGUGGAGUUUGGCCCAAGGUAUUGCCAAUGCAUGUUGCAGAAGCGUUAAAUAAACGCUUUCAGAUAAAGAUGGAAUACUGGAAGGCGUAUCGAACACUACGACAUGCUCGUCAAUUGGUCAGAGGUAGUCCAGAGAGUGGUUAUAUGCAGCUAAAUACUUACUUGUACAUGCUAAAGAGGGCAAAUCCAGGAACAUAUACGCAGCUUGAACUUGAUGAUGCUGGUAGAUUUAAGUACUUGUUUCUAGCAUAUGGUGCAAGCUUGAAUGGAUUUCCUUUCAUGAGGAAAGUGUUGGUUGUUGAUGGUACAUUUUUACAAGGAAAAUACAAAGGGACACUUCUGACGGCAACAACUUAAGAUGGCAAUUUUCAGAUAUUUCCAAUAGCAUGGGACUGAUUUUUCAAGCAAUUCCGGUGUGUGAUACCAGAUGACGAAGGUCUAUGAGCCUCAUCCUCUUCAUUGUUGUUUGAAGUCGAAUCAACCGGGAGAUUAGUGGGUUUUGUUUCUUUCAUUCCUUUCAAAUCUACCUCCACCAUUCUAAUCCUA